AUGGCAGUCUCAACUCCAACACCAGCGCCAGCGCCAGAGCCGAGAACUAGCUCGGACAGCACUCUUGACGUUGAACGAGAUGGAGCUUCUAACAACCCCACAACCACCGAAACUGGCCCCGAAGGAGCGGAGACGACGCCGGCCGGCAGCAGCCCGUCGCCCGGAGGUCCUGGGGCCAGUGACCCCGAGGCCGGACGAACCAAGUCCGAGAACAUCCUGAUCAUGAGCGCCCUGUGCCUUGCGCUCUUCCUGGCCGCUCUGGAUACUACCAUCAUCACUACAGCGGUUCCCACUAUAGCCACCGAGUUCAACUCAAGCCAGGGUUAUGUCUGGAUAGGAACUGCAUAUCUGCUGGGCAACGCCGCGUUCGUGCCGACGUGGGGCAAGAUCUCGGAUAUCUUUGGUCGCAAGCCUGUUAUCCUUGCCGCCGCUGUCAUCUUCUGGAUUGGGUCCCUGCUGUGUGCUGUGAGUACUGGCAUGACCAUGCUCAUCGCUGCGCGUGCCAUCCAAGGCAUUGGCGGAGGCGGCCUUAUCGUCUUGCCCAAUAUCGCUAUCAGUGAUCUCUUCUCCAUACGGAACCGUGGAAUGUACUUUGGUAUCCUGGGCAUGGUGUGGGCGUUGGCAUCUGCUGUUGGACCUAUUCUCGGUGGUGUCUUUACCAGCCAGGUCACUUGGCGGUGGUGUUUCUACAUCAACCUCCCUAUUUCUGCAGUGGCCUUCGUCAUCCUUUUCUUCUUCCUAAAGCUGCAUAACCCGCGAACACCAUGGAAGGAAGGUCUUCUAGCCUUGGACUGGCCAGGCAGUAUCCUCAUCAUCGGCGGUACCAUCAUGUGGUUGCUGGGACUCGAGUUUGGUGGCGUUUCUUUCCCCUGGGACUCUGCCACAGUCAUUUGUCUCAUUGUAUUUGGCAUCGCCGUCGUUGGGAUCUUCAUUGUUUACGAGUGGAAGGUUGCUCAGUUCCCUGUCCUUCCUGUCCGUCUUUUCAGCUCGCGGAAUAGCGUCGCAGCAUACGGGGUGGGCUUCACUCAUGCCUUUGUCUUUAUGUCUGGUAGUUACUGGCUUCCGCUGUACUACCAGGGUGUUCUUGGCGCCUCGUCGCUACUCUCUGGUGUCUAUCUGCUGCCAUAUGUGCUUUCUCUCUCGUUCAUCUCAGCUGGAGCUGGAGUUUACAUCAAGAAGACGGGCAAGUACAAGCUUGUUAUUGUUUCGGGUUUGAUUGUUAUGGUUCUCGGCUUCGGUCUCUUCAUCGACCUCGAACCGCGCGCCAACUGGGUCAAGAUCAUAAUCUUCCAGAUCGUUGCUGGUAUUGGCGUGGGUCCCAACUUCCAGGCUCCCCUCAUCGCACUCCAGACCAACGUCGAGCCACGAGAUAUUGGCGCUGCAACUUCGUGCUUCUCCUUCAUUCGCCAGCUUGGCAUGUCCAUCUCUGUCGUGGUAGGCGGCGUGAUCUUCAACAACGAGAUGGAGAGCCAAUACCCCAAACUCCAGCGAGAGCUCGGCUCCGACCUGGCAAACAGACUUUCUGGCUCCAACGCAGCAGGAAGUGUCGAGCUCGUGGGCUCAUUGACGGGCGAGGAAGGCCGAGUAGCCAAGACAGCGUUCUGGAAGAGUCUGCAAACCAUGUAUAUCGUUUACACGUGCUUUGCAGGUUUGUCACUUGCCAUUAGUUUGUUGUUCAAACAAGUCUACCUCAGCAAGGAGCAUACAGAGCACAAGACAGGUCUCAAAUCGCUCAAGCGACGUGAUGAGGAGAAGACUGAAGCUAGUGCUCAGGAGGGUGUCACAGUGGGGAACGAGAAAUCUACUGACAACUAA